GAAGAGCCACCAAGACAUAAAUUUCUCCACGUCAGGUCAAAUUUAAACACGUCUUCUUUUAGAUCAGUGAGCAGGAACAUGCUGAUGGUUCCGUGAUGAGCUCAGCGCUGUAAAGAGAGAAGCAGGAGGAGGUUCCUCGCCGGAGCUGGAGGAAUAUAAGCAGCACAGCAAGGCUUUCUGGAGUUAAAGUGCUCAGCCGAGAGAGCAGAAGCCUUCAAGCUCUAGAAGAAAAGAAAGAGGAAGAUGAGCCAGUCCAUCAUGGAGAGCCUGUUCGGAGACGAUCCUUUCUUCCAGGACGAGUAUCUGCUGUGGCCGAGACGCUGCAGCCUGGCCGAGAGAUUCCUGAGACGCAGAGAGCAGAUGAUGGAGAGUUUCGUCGGAGACCAGCUCAUAAAUGAUCUGUUCCAGAGCCUGGAUGAACUCUUCUCCCUGCCUUCGUCUUCCACAUCGUCCUCCUCAUCAUCAUCAUCUUCCACGUCAUCAGCCACCGCCAGAAUCGCAGGCCCGAACGUCUUCUGCCUCGACGCUCGCGGUUUCUCUCCAGACGACAUCGCCGUCACCAUGUGCGGCCGAAAGCUGGAGGUCAAGGUGGCAAAGCCAACCGGCUCGGACCCGUCAUCUCCCGCAGGAUUCUCCCGGAGCGUGGAGCUCCCAGAACACAUCAACCCGUCCACACUCACCUGCACGCUGGGGGACGAUGGCUUCCUGAAAUUCGAGUCCACCGAGGUCAAACAGGCCGAGCAGGACGAGCAGGACGUCCCAGUGCGCUACAGGACGUCGUUGGACUUUCCUCUGAGCAAAGACAACACGGGUGAAACGGAGGAGAAGAACGACUAGAGACUCUACACACACACACACACACAAACACAAUGUUUUCUGAAUGUUUUGUAAAAAUGUAUUUGACUCCUCAACAUCAUUAAAAAUAAUCAGAAGGUUUUAUUAUCAUUAUUAUUUGAGCUCAGAAAUCAUUCAGGACUAAAGACAUCAUGGCUGACCAGAGCUCAUAACCAUCAUAACCAACAUGAAACAACUUCUUUCUUCAUAAUUCUGUCUUUUUAUCUCUCUCUCUCUUUUUUUUAGCGUUGUAUUUUCAUUUUCAUCUUUUUCUUCCUCUACACUUCUCUUAUGUUCUCUCCUGCUCUUUCUGUUCCAUUUAAUCAAUCCUUAAAAAAUGUACUUGGAGAAUCUGCUACAUGAAUAAAAUCGUCCUGUCUCGAUUUCUUCACAACUCUGU